AUGGCCAUACAAUCAGCCAUUGAUGAAGCACGUGCGGCUUAUAACAAAACUCACGUGAUCGAGUCCACUUACCCAAACGUCCCGGGUAAAAGCUUGUGGGGUAGCUGCGUUUACUACUUUGACCGGACCGCGUCCACACUUAACAUGGCCCUAAACCCUGACCAUGACCUCCAAUCCACCCCACUAGACGUCCAAACAUGGCUUAGCGCAGGUUUAACCUACAUAACCGUUUGUCACAAAGGGUUUGAGUUGAUUAACAUGACCAACACCAUGUUACCCGUAAUAACUACCAGUUUGACCGAACUAAUAGUCAACUCUUUAGCUAUUAGUGUUACUAUUCCAUCUAGUAAUACUAAUGGGCUUGUUAAUGUGAAUUUUAGCGAUGAAUACAAGCUUGCUGAUUUGGCAAACGAAAAGCCUGACGUUGUGGUGGCUCAACAUAGUUCAGGCGACUUUACAUCCAUUCAAAAAGCGGUUGAUUAUGCGAUGACUCACCGCAUGCCCAGAAAGAGGUUUGUGAUUUACGUGAAAGCUGGUAUUUAUAAUGAAUACGUGGAGAUAGCAGAGACAGUUAAGUAUAUAACGAUGUAUGGUGACGGAAUAAAUAAGACGAUCAUAACCGGUAACCGACAUUGUGGUGGUGACAUGCUCAAGUCCUCAAAGGCUGGUGACUUGCAGGGAUCGGCAACUUUUAGGUGUAAGGUAACUGCCGCACCCGAGCUUAAUCCGAGUAAGUAUGCAAAAGCAUUUCUAGGAAGGCCAUGGUUUAGGCUGAGUCGAACCGUUUAUAUGCAAUCUUUUCUUGAUGGGUUGGUGGACCCACGAGGGUGGCUUGAUAGUUGGGGUCACAAGGAUACUGCUUAUUGUGGAGAGUACAUGAAUUAUGGGCCAGGUUCUUCUACUAAUCAAAGGGUCAAUUGGCCCCAUUACCAUGCCAUAACAGAUCCAAAGACAGCUAAGUUUUUCACGGUGGCCCAUUUCAUUUCGGGUUAUAAUUGGCUUCCUAAAACCGGUGUUCCUUUUACAGCAGGGUUUAAAAACCGUUCCGUUCUACUAAAUUGA